AUGAACGACCCAGACUGGGACCUCAUUUCUUCAUAUGCAGGCCUUCUGUGCUUAGCUUCCAUCUCCAUCUUCGCCGGAGCACACGGUUCACUUCCAACCCUGAAGAAGUCUGUAAAAGGGACGUCGAAAGGCUCUGUAGUGCAAGAUGAUGAUGAAGAUGAGGAUGAUGAGAUACCAGACCGGCUUUCAUCUGCAGAUGCGUGGCUUUUCCCGGUUGCUGGCUCAGUAGCGCUAUUUGGGAUGUACGCCUUAAUGAAGUAUUUUGGAAAAGAAUGGAUAAAUUGGUUGCUCGCAUGGUACUUUUCGAUCGCAGGCGUAGGCAGUGUGUGGAAGUCUGCUGCGUCGCUUAUGAGAUUUGUGGUGGGCGAUGAGCGAUGGAAGAAGUUUGAUCGGAAUAGAGUGUUGAUUCUAAAGGGUCCACGGGAAUUGCUUUCGGUUUCGUUGCGCACGCCGACGAUCGCGCUGUUGCCGCUCGCUUUGAUACCCUCUGUGCUAUUCAACAGAUCGGAAGCGAGCCGCAAAUCCGCUCUCAUCGUGGAUAUACUGGCACUCUCGUUUUCGCAUAAUGCCAUUUCUCUCCUUAAAUUAGAUUCGUUCAAGACGGGAUGCAUCCUUCUAUCUGGACUGUUCUUUUACGACGUAUACUGGAUGUUUGGUACUGAUGUUAUGCUCACAGUAGCCACGUCUUUGGACGUGCCCAUCAAACUGCUCUGGCCCAAAUCGCUGUCGUUUGCCAGCGAGCGAGGGUACACACUGCUCGGGCUAGGGGACAUUGUCAUCCCUGGUACAUUUGUUGCCUUGGCACUACGUUAUGACCACGCACGUGGGGGAGGGAAAGGCACAUUUGGGAAGCCAUACUUUUAUGCGACCCUAGCUGCGUAUUUCGCUGGCCUCGUCACUACAAUGACAGUGAUGCACGUGUUCGGCAAAGGCCAGCCCGCUUUACUUUAUUUGAGCCCCGCUUGUAUGGCGUCCUUCCUCGGGAUAGCGUGUAUUAGAGGCGAAUUAGGUGAUGCCUGGAAAUGGAUCGAUGAUCCUGAGAGCGAGAAGACUGUCGAGACCCCCGGAGAAACUGUAUCGGAGGAUGGGAGCGGUGGCGGUCACGGGAGUGGUGAGACGGGAGAAAGUGUGGAGCAUGAUGAUGGAGGGGCGAAGAGGAAGAGGAAGAAGCGGGUGCAAUGA